UACUUUUGCUUCCCCAAAGCGCCUCCCGUUAUCUCCGGUGCCGCUGCGCAGGAGCAAGAGGGGCCACCGUCACUGAUCUCCCGCAGAAAAGUUUUCGGUUUGUUGUGAGGAUAAAAAAGAAGAAGCCGAAGAGUCGUGUGUAGAAGAAGCGGAUUCUGUCGCUGCGAGUUUGAAGACCACAAGAAGAUGAAGACCCAGCUUUGAUGUCCACUUUCUCCGGACGCCUUGGCUUCAAGAACACCUCAAACAAACACUUCAACGGGGAGGAUUUUACUGCCUUUUAUCCAGGAGGGAGAACUUAGUCACAAACAUUCAUUGUUCGUGGAAUGAUCUGGACUGGACAUUUCAAUUCUUUAAUUUCAAGAAUCCUCUUCUUUCCUAUGAAUGGCUAUAUCCUGAGCCCCUUCCUCAAAAAUACAUACUGAACUCUUAAACCAGAUUCCCUCACUUUCUCAGACCCUUUCCAAGGGUCUUGGACAUUGUUUCCAAUCUCACUGAGGAGGAAUAAUCUCCUCCUCUUCCUCAUAAAACUCUUACAAGCUCUAUCUUCUGUCCAGACAUGGAUCUCCACAGGGCAGCCUUCAAAAUGGAGAGCUCCUCCUACCUGCCCAAUCCCCUGGCCUCCCCUGCUCUAAUGGUCCUGGCCUCCACUGCUGAAGCAUCUCGCGACGCCUCGAUCCCCUGCCAACAGCCACGUCCAUUUGGCGUCCCGGUGUCAGUUGACAAAGACGUCCAUUUGCCAUUUAACAAUGGUUCCUACACUUUCGCAUCAAUGUACCAUCGCCAGGGUGGAGUCCCACCAGGAUUCCCCAACAGGGACUUCCCGCCUUCCCUCCUCCAUCUCCAUCAUCAGUUUGCUCCACCUAACAUGGACUGCUCACCAAUCAGCAUGCUGAAUCACAGCGGUGUCGGCGCCUUCAGACCUUUUGCCUCACCUGACGACCGGGAUGGAGUACCGGGUGGGUAUCAGUCGGCUUUCACCCCAGCCAAACGCCUCAAAGGCUGCAUGGAUGCAGAGGCCUCCCCCCACCUGCGAUACUCUGAUGCAGAGGGGAAAGAGUAUGACUUUGGAGGUUCACAGAUCCCUCCUGGAAGUUCACCCAGCGGACUGAAGGACGACUGCAUUAAAAAGAUCUUCCCUGUGUCAGGCCUCCUGUCUGAUCGAGAGACUUCAUCCAGCCCUGAGGACCGCAUCGAGCGCUGUAAAAAGAAGAUGUCCCUGUACGACAGCCAGGCUCCAAUCUGUCCCAUCUGCCAGGUGCUGCUCCGGCCCGGAGAGCUGCAGGAGCACAUGGAGACGGAGAUAGACAGGCUAGCUGCCCAGCCAAGCGGUAAGAACCCUUCACCCAAGGAUGGAGCUGCCACUCCUGGAACACCUAAGUCGAUGCUGUUGUCGGUGCACAUCAAGCGUGAGGGAGAGUCUCCUGUGGUCUCGCCUCUGUCCUCUGAAGACGCCCACCACUCCGACAGAUACCAGACGUUUCUACGAGUUCGUUCAAACAGGCAAACAAGAUUGAAUGCUCGUAUAGGCAAGAUGAAGAGGAGGAAGCCUGAGGAGGGGGGCCAGCGUGAGGGUGCCUUGUGCGACGAUGACUCUGCAGACAUGGAUGGAGACAAUGGGCGGGGCUUUGAGGAGUAUGAGUGGGCGGGGCAGAAGAGGAUCAGAGCUACGGCUUUGCUGGAAGGAGGCUUCAGAGGAACAGGCUUCGCCACGUGUAACAUAAAGGAAAGCACGGCGGACAGUGACAUCGACCUGGACGUGGACGGAGACGACACCUUGGAGUACGGCAAAGCUCAGUACACCGAGGCCGAUAUUAUCCCCUGCUCUGGAGCCGGAGAGGACCAAGGAGAGGCCAGAGAGAGGGAGGCACUACGGGGAGCUGUGCUCAAUGGUGGGAUGCCUUCUAGUAGAAUAACGACUGAGUUCUCCAAAUGGGCCAGUGAUGAAAUGCCUUCAACAAGCAAUGGAGAAAGCAGCAAGACAGACCCCAGCACUCCUUCAUCCUCCUCCUCUUCCUCCUGUGCCCCGCGCACCUGUAAAAACAGUGAGAUCGAAAAGGUAACGGAGGAGCAGUCCACGGCCACCACCAUGGAGGCUCUGAAGGCUCGAAUCCGGGAGCUGGAGAAGCAAAUCCUGAGAGGAGACCGAUACAAGUGUCUCAUCUGCAUGGACUCCUACACAAUGCCGCUCACCUCCAUCCAGUGCUGGCACGUCCAUUGUGAAGAAUGCUGGCUCAGGACUCUGGGGAACAAGAAGCUGUGCCCACAGUGCAACACCAUCACCUCACCCGGAGACCUGCGGCGUGUCUACUUGUAAAGAGCACCCCUGCCCCCCUCCUGCGCCUCGUCAUCCUUCCAAUCCAUUCUGCCAUUUUGGAUUUCAUCACCCGCCCUGUUGAACGCCAUUUAUUUUCUCACACUCUCCUGGCCUGGAUCGUUGUUCAAAACCCCAACAGAGAGUGUCCAGAGACACAAGACUCUGCUGAAUGGAAACUGGUUUGCAUAAAUGACUGAGCAGCACUCACUGACUCUCUGGCUGCAUGGCCGCGCAUAAAAUAAAUGAAAACCUAGACCAGGGAUCUCUCUGACUUGUUUCCUCUGCCUGACUAACACGACUCCCCUCUAACUGUAAAGUGGGGAAUCGUCCACUGAAGGACUGUGAAGUCGGUGGAGACGCCCAGCACCCGGCGACGCCCUCCUGAAACACGGAGGCUUCACGCUGCUGGAGCUGGACCUUAAAGAACUUCUAACUGCAGAAUAUAAAGACUUCUUUGUCCCCCUCUCUCUCUAGCUCUUCUUCAACAUUUCAGUAGCGCUGGACAAACAUGCUCGACCCUAAAGUCUUGACAGAAAUCUUCUUUUUGUUUAUCGUUCUCUGUCCCAGAGAGAGAACUCUAGCUUCAUGCCCCUGUUGUUUAAGAGAAUUCUAAAAAAGGGCCACUAAAACUGAGCUUUGAACCAAACUGAGAAGAACCUGACAACCAUGAAAAAGAGAUUGACACUUAUCUCUCUUCCACCUCUUCUUCUCGCGGGCCCUUCCCUUCCCUCUUCCCUUUAUCGUGGUGUUUUAGUGAAGUAAACCAAAAUUUCUCCCCCUCCAAGAUGCAGUGCAAGCACAUGUAAUAUAGUUCUAUGUAUGUUUACAAUGUUGAGUGUAAAUGACAUAGAGUUCACACACGUACACACACACAGACACACGUACACACACAGAUGCAAACAGUCUCACGUUACUAUCAGACAAACACUGACGUAUAUAAUAUCAAAGUCCUGUUUUUAGUUGGAAGGGUUGGGGACUGAUGUUUGGGGGAGGGGAAAAUGGCUUGACUAAAAGAAGCCUUCUGUAUUUUUAAGAAAAAAAGACGAUUUGAAGAGCCGUUUAAAGUUUUAUUUCACUGUACAGGAAUAAAAAAAGUUACGUAAAUAAUAAACUGCUCGAGACUAGAUGGUGAAGAUGUAGGUGGUGUAAGAGAUUCCUCUUGACCCAAGUUUCCUGCAAUGAAGCAGAAUGAUGGAACUGCUGUUUAGUUGCAACAACGUCCAACUGAGCCUCUUCUUUUUUUUCCUUUUACCUUCACUCCUGCUUCGUCCCGGUUGGAGUAACAACAACAUGCUUAGAUCAUAGUCUAGAGACGUUUUUGUUUUACCUGUCUCAAAAUAAAGCUUUUUCCCCAUUAUUCUCAUACUGCUGUGCUGAAAAGAAGAAAAAAAAAGGUCCCCAAAAUGGCGUCCGUUAUGGGCAGGUUAUUUUCGUAAGUUAUAACAGCAGAGGGACGUCGAUGGAAAAAGAAGGCUGAACUAGCAACCUCAACAUUUCCUCCCUCCCUCUACGGCAGCAGCGGCCGAGGCGGUGGUGUGCUUUUGUGUUCGUAAAACUAUGUAUUCUGUGACGUCUGUAUUGUUGUAAGAAAUGCUGAGAAAAAAACCUGAGAAAAAAAAAAGAAAAAAUAAAACUUUUCGAAAUUCCA